GGGCUGCCUGUUGCCGGGUGGAUGACAGCAGAAAACCUUGAUUCAAACAACUGCUGGGUUUUUGUUUUCCUUGGUUUUGUUUCCUUUCACUCUGCCCGAGGAAGAUGAACAAUGAAACCACAACGCUGAUAUCCUUGAAGGAGGCAAUGAAAAGAGUAAAUAACAAACUCCAAGCUUUAGAAGCACAAUUCAAAGAACUGGACUUCUCCAAGGAUAAUCUGACACAGAAAUUUGAACAUCUUAGCAAGACUCUGGCUAACCAGGCAACCCAAGAUGAGCUGUGGACAGCUGUUCUGGCACUCAAGUUCACUCCGAUGGAAUUGAACAUUUUAUACAGCUACGUCAUUGAAGUACUUACUUUCUUGCACACGCGCAUACUCGAGAAGCUGCCAGACCUAGUGAGAGGUCUCCCCACCUUAGCCUCUGUCCUUAGACGAAAAGUCAAGAACAAGCGCAUUAGACUCGUGUGGGAGUCUGUCCUGGAGGAGUGUGGGCUGCAGGAAGGAGACAUGACAGCACUCUGUACCUUCUUCAUUGCACACGGUAGCAAGGCAGAGCACUAUCCUGCUAAGGUGAGACAGAUGUACAUCAGGGAUGUCACAUUCAUGGUCACGAACAUGGUAAAGAACCAGAUGCUGCAGGAUGGUUUGCUGAGGGCUGUUCAGGUCAUCGAGAAGGGGAAAGCAGUGAGGACCUCUGAAGAGCAAAAAUCAUCCCUAAAAGGGUUGAUACCAUCAGUCAGAAACUAAUGUUACCCUACGGCCCAGUGGUUCCUCUUCUGGUAAUUCAUCUUGCAAAUGGAGAAGAAAUGUA